AUGGCCUCAGCUUCGAAAAAAACGACGCCUUCCUGUUGCUUCCGCCCCGAUUCGGCGGCUCUCGUUCCGCGCCAGGCGGCGCCGGCGGCGAAGACUUCUUCCAGCGCCGUCGUCUCGGCUUCCGGUAUUCAAGAUUGGAGUAGCGUCGCUGGCGCCGAGGAUCGGCGCGAUGAUCAGCGCCCCAAGAAUAUCGCCAUGGCGGCCUUGAUUCCCAAACCUUCCGCCAAUGCCUCCACUGCAGGCAUCCCAAUCAUGCUUAGGCCUCAAACAAGGCACCCGUUGGACCCUUUAUCUGCUGCUGAAAUCUCUGUCGCAGUGGCAACUGUCAGGGCAGCUGGAGCGACGCCUGAGGUUAGAGAUAGUAUGCGUUUUGUUGAAGUGGUUCUAUUGGAACCAGAUAAACACGUUGUUGCAUUAGCAGAUGCAUACUUCUUCCCACCUUUCCAGCCAUCAUUACUUCCCAGAACCAAAGGUGGACCUAUAAUCCCAACCAAGCUUCCCCCUCGGCGAGCUAGACUUGUUGUUUACAAUAAGAAGUCAAAUGAGACAAGCACGUGGAUUGUUGAGCUAUCAGAAGUACAUGCAGCUACUCGAGGUGGACAUCACAGAGGAAAAGUAGUAUCAUCAGAAGUUGUUCCAGAUGUUCAGCCUCCCAUGGAUGCUGUAGAAUAUGCAGAAUGUGAAGCUGUUGUGAAAGACUUUCCUCCAUUUAGAGAGGCUAUGAAGAAGAGAGGUAUUGAAGACAUGGACCUUGUGAUGGUUGAUGCCUGGUGUGUUGGCUAUCAUAGUGAGGCUGAUUCUCCUAGCCAAAGGCUUGCUAAACCACUGAUAUUCUGUAGAACUGAGAGUGACUGCCCUAUGGAAAAUGGUUACGCACGCCCAGUUGAGGGCAUCUAUAUACUUGUUGAUAUGCAAAACAUGAUGGUGAUAAAGUUUGAAGACCGUAAACUUGUUCCCCUACCUCCAGCCGAUCCGUUGAGGAACUAUACUCCUGGAGAAACAAGAGGUGGUGUUGAUCGAAGUGAUAUAAAACCUUUACAAAUUAUUCAGCCUGAAGGUCCAAGCUUCCGUGUUAAUGGGUACUUUGUGGAGUGGCAGAAGUGGAAUUUUCGUAUUGGAUUCACUCCCAGGGAGGGACUGGUUAUAUAUUCUGUGGCCUAUGUUGACGGCAAUAGAGGGCGAAGGCCUGUAGCCCAUAGGUUGAGUUUUGUGGAAAUGGUGGUGCCAUAUGGAGAUCCAAAUGAUCCACAUUAUAGAAAAAAUGCUUUCGAUGCCGGGGAAGACGGCCUUGGUAAAAAUGCACAUUCUCUAAAGAAGGGGUGUGAUUGUUUGGGCUUAAUCAAAUACUUUGAUGCACAUUUUACGAACUUCACUGGAGGUAUUGAAACUAUCGAAAAUUGUGUAUGUUUGCACGAAGAAGAUCAUGGAAUUCUGUGGAAGCAUCAGGACUGGAGAACAGGCUUAGCAGAAGUGCGCAGGUCAAGAAGGCUAACAGUGUCAUUUAUAUGUACUGUGGCUAAUUAUGAGUACGGGUUCUUCUGGCACUUUUAUCAGGAUGGUAAAAUUGAAGCUGAAGUUAAACUUACUGGAAUUCUCAGCUUGGGAGCACUUCAACCUGGAGAGGUUAGAAAGUAUGGUACUGUGAUUGCACCUGGGCUAUAUGCACCAGUUCAUCAACACUUUUUUGUUGCUCGUAUGGAUAUGGCUGUUGAUUGCAAGCCUGGAGAAACUUACAAUCAGGUUGUGGAGAUGGAUGUUAAGGUUGAGAAACCUGGAGAGAAUAACGUCCACAGCAAUGCAUUUUAUGCCGAGGAGACACUUCUCAGGACUGAAUCGGAGGCUAUGCGUGACUGUAAUCCUUUGACGGCUCGCCAUUGGAUUGUACAGAACACACGAACUGUAAAUAGGACCGGACAGUUAACAGGCUACAAGCUUGUUCCGGGUUCAAACUGUUUGCCAUUAGCUGGUCCUGAGGCCAAGUUUUUGCGAAGAGCAGCUUUCCUGAAACAUAAUCUAUGGGUUACACCAUAUUCACGUGAUGAGAUGUUUCCUGGAGGAGAGUUUCCAAAUCAAAAUCCGCGUGCUGGUGAAGGAUUAGCCACAUGGGUUAAGAAAAAUCGCUCUCUGGAAGAAACUGAUAUAGUUCUUUGGUAUGUAUUUGGAAUCACACACGUACCACGGUUAGAAGAUUGGCCUGUUAUGCCAGUGGAGCGCAUUGGAUUUAUGCUCAUGCCUCACGGAUUCUUCAACGCCUCUCCAGCAGUGGAUGUUCCACCAAGUGCGUGUGAAUUGGAAGCCAAAGAAAAUGAUGUCAAAGACAGUGGAGUAGCCAAGCCGAUUCAGAACGGGUUGCUAGCAAAGCUCUGA